AUGCACAGCCUAAGAAAACCGGGGAAACGGCGAAGGACAGACCCAUCCGGCUUGAAAGAUGAUCGCCCUGGUCCGGCAUCUACUUGGGAUGUAUUCAAUAACUCGCUAGCUCCACUUCCCCAAGUGUCCUCCCGCAAGACGCCCCAACCAGACAGCCAGACCCCCCUGUCCCUGGACGCUGAAAAGGUUACGCUGAUCCAAGCAUAUCAGAAUGGUGUUGGAGCGUGGAUGGACCUCUUUGACGACGAAGCUAAUUUCCAACGUACGGUCGUUAAACGGGCCCUCCGAUGCUCGCUGUUGAUGAGUGCCAUCUGCGCCCUUACGGCCAGGCACAUCACCAUGGUCGACGAAGGCGGCGAGGUGUGGAAGCCAGUAGCAGUCCAGUACUACGGAGAGAGCCUGCGCCAAUUGAUCGCCAGCCUGGAUUGUCCGACAUCUUGCCCCGUGGACAUUCUGGCGGCCACCAUCUUGCUAAGCAGCUACGAGCUGCUAGCCUCACCAGGUCUGGACCAUCGACGCCAUGUGUCGGGCGCUUUAACUCUAAUUCGAACUCACGCUUGUCGAGCCAGCUCCGAGGGCCUCAUGGCGGCGGCCUUCUGGGUGUAUGCUCGACAGGAUAUUGCCAUGGCGUUGGUGCAUGAAUGUCCGACUAUGCUUCCGCCUGAUGAGUGGGGUGUCUCAUGGGACGAACAAGAGACCAGGGAGGGCCAGCUGGGCAAUCAAAUGGUUUGGCUCUUGGCCAGAGUUAUUGCGCAUACUUUUCGAAGCACGACUGGAAGUGUCCAGGCGCUUUCGGAAGGUAGAGCUAGUUUAAUAAAAGAGCUAGAUGCCUGGCAUGAGCGCCUGCCCGAGUCCUUCCGCGGCACAGCUUUUGGUCCCCCGUUAGAAGAAGGCUUCCUCCCACGAUGGUUUGCGGUACCAUCAACUGGUAAAGAGUCUCCCAAUACCACCUUAACUUAG